GUGUGUGUGCGAGACUCGCUAAGCAACGACCUGCAAGCGGACCCGAGCCAGUCCGAGCUAAAGAGAAAACAGGAACCACAUUAUUUCCGAGUGUCUUUGCCAUGUUCCCGACGAUACUUCAACGCCGUCUGCUCUGAUCUCAUCGAAGUUGCCGUCUCUCCAGGCGUCGGCUACAGAAACCAAACAAGAAAUUAAUGCAUCUUGCUCCGCGUUGCUGUGUGUUUUGACCUGCUAGAAGGGGAUCCUGCAAGAGGGAUUAGCGGUCCGUCAAUGAGGAACUACCGGCUCAUCUUCUGCCACAACCUGAAGCAGCCAUAGAUGGUUCAGUUGUUCACUGGGCAGGGGAGGAGAGGAUAGGACACACUUUCACUGCUACACGACGUGAGGUCUUGGCGGGGUUGUGGUGAGGAGGAGGAGGAGGCCAUGAGGAAGAGCGUGUCUCCGUUGCCAGGCAAUGAGGGCGGGAGCUCAGCCAGCACCACACGUGUUUUUGGCGUUCCAUUGGAGGAGGUGACACGCACACACACAAUCAGUGGCCAUGAGGUUCCUGCACUGGUGAAACACAUUGUCGACUACAUUGAGGAGCAUGGUCAUCUGGACCUGGAGGGCCUCUUCCUGGUUAAUGGCAACGCAGAGCGUGUGGAUUGGCUGCGCCAGCGUUACGACAGUGGCGAGGACGUGGAGCUAGAGAAGGAGGCAGACCUGGCAUCAGCGGUCAGUUUGCUCCGACUCUUCCUGCAGGAGCUUCCUGAGAAAAUCCUUCCUAAUGCCAUCUCCCUCUGUAUCCUACAUUUAAACAUUGCAGAUUACAGCAGUGAAGAGGAGCUGUGUAGAAACUUGAAGUACCUCCUGCAGCAGCUUCCCCAGUUGAACUAUGGUCUGCUGCGCUUCCUGUGUCGCUUCCUGGCCAGUGUGGCAUCACUUCAGCAGGAGAGCUGGAACAUCGGGGCGCUGGCCGCCGUCUUCGGGCCCGACAUCUUCCAUCUAUCAACAGAGGGAGAGGACCUUCGAGACCAGGAGUCUGUCAGCAGAGUCCUGGCAGAGCUGUUGGACAACCAGGACGGCCUGUUUGACUCGGAAGAUGAUGACGUCUCCACCACCAACGACUACAGCUCCAUCAAUGAACAGAUCACUGAGCUGUUGGAUGAUGAGAGGUGUGAAGCAGAAUGUGAAGAGUUGCCUCAGGACGGGGAGGAAGGUCCGGCCUCCUCUGACUCACCACAGCACACACACACUGACGACAGCCCCGCAGCCAGGUGAGACAUAGCUACUGUGUCAUAUCUUCCUGCACAAGAGCUUGAGAUAAUUCAGCGAACCAUCAGGGCUGCAGUGGAGCAACACUUCUUUGAGCUGAAAACCUCCAUUGACCAAGACCUCAGCAACUAUGACAGCCAAGGGGUGAAUCCCAGUGAGCCUGCAGACCAGGGUUGCCACGGAGAUGAGCAACAAACGGACCCUGAGGACAGUCCCUGCGAUACAGAAGGGGAGACCCCACUCACACAGGCCGAGCAGCACAUACAACAAAGCCAGAAAGACACACAGGAUUCAUUGGACUCUGUCACCACCCUGGAGGAGAGCUCGGGAAUGGACCUGGAUGCAGAGAACAACAUCAACACUGCCAGGCAGGACAAUCAAUCCUGUGACAUCAUGGAGCAGACUGACACUGACACCAUAAGCUGUGACUCGGGUUCAUGCCACUGUGAUCAGAACGCCAACACCAGUCAGACCAACAGGAACCACCUGUCGCCAUGCCAACCCAUCUCCGGCCACAACCCCCACCUCCAGCUCUUUCCCGACAACCAAUGGGAAGCGUCACCCCCCUCCCAUCUCCACCUCCCUCCCAUAGACUUCUCAUGUAUGCAUCUGCAAAAAGAAGGCCAUGACCCCGUCCCGGCUUACAAAUCCUGGCAGGAUGACAACGACAGCGGCGAGGCACAGCUCUCCCCGCUGGCCGGUCGCAUGGUUCCCCUCCCACCGCUGCCCCUGGAGGAGGAAGGCGAGGAGGACGAGGAGGAUGGAGGGCAAGAUGCCUCCCCCUCCUCCUCCCGCUCCCACCCUCACCUCCUGGCACGCCGCUUUCUCGACUUUGGAGCGCACAGUGCCCAGCGGUUCCUCCAGCAGGACCCGGACGCCACCUCACCCACUAAAGCACAGAGGCCGCGGCGAGCAUCAUUUGGUUCCAAAGAGUCAAUGAGAGGAGGAGAUUCAGUGACCCACCAACUCACCAAGAAGCUUCAGCACCUGAAGAAGAAAAUUAAGCAGUUUGAAGAGCAGUUUGAGAAGGAGAGGAACUAUAAGCCCUCUCAUGGAGACAAGGCAGCUAACCCUAAAGUCCUCAAAUGGAUGACCGACCUCACCAAGAUCCGCAGGCAGAUUAAAGGACGCCAGCACCACCUUUUACCCAGAAGCACGCUGAGGCACCAGGCUUUGCUCCAUUCAUACAGACGCCACCAUACUCCCUCCUCCUCCCCUUCCUCCUCCUCCUCCUCCUCCUCCUCCUCUAUCUGCUCACCUCCCCAUCACACACUCACCCCCCCGCUCCACCCCUACUCAGGCCUGAGCUCUAGAACGUAUCACCUCAAUGCCAAACACCGUGCAGAGAGCGAGCUUGGACCCCAGACUCGUCCUCGGAGCAACACCUUACCCAAGAGCUUUGGCUCCACGCUGGACCAAAGCUCUUACAAUGCAGCGGUUGAGGUCAAGGGUCAGCGUCCCACCCGGGAGGAGACACUGGAGCUGAUCCAGUGCAGGGUCAAAGGGAAGAGGCAGGAGGAUGGCUGGCCUGAUGACAUCAAGAAGAUGACCAAGGAGCAGUUGUCCUGUGAGAAGACGGUCCUACAAAAGAACCUGCUGCACUACGAGGGCCUGCAUGGCCGACCGGUGACCAGAGAAGAGCGUCUGGUGGUGAAGCCUCUCUACGAUCGCUACAGAUUGGUCAAACAGAUGCUCACCAGAGUCAGCAUCACACCUGUCACAAUGUCCCCCUCCAGUAAGAGGCGAACUCAGACCCUCCAGCCAAUCAUUGAGGGGGAAACCGCUCAUUUCUGGGAGGAGAUCAAAGAGGAGGAGGAGGACGAGCGGAAGGAAAGAGAAGGAGGAGAAGAAGAUGAGCGGGAGGAGGAGAGAGAUGAGGAGGAGGAAGAAGAAGAGGAGGAGGAGGGAGAGAGCAGCGGCGGGGAGAUGCAGAGCUCCGAGGUCAUAAUGGCCGUCGACCUCAUGACCCCGACCGACAGACCAGUGAGGAGCCAGAACCAACCUGACCAACAGAGCGACUGUCCAAUGACAGCCAAGCUGGAGGAGGGGUCGGGGAGGCUGGCGCUGGACCUGCGGCUGUCCAGCUCCAACGCUUCGUCCAUGCCAGAGCUGCUGGAACAGCUGUGGAAGGCCAGAGCAGAGAAGAAGAAACUGAGGAAGACCAUCCGAGCGUUUGAGGAAGAUUUUUAUCAGCAUAAUGGAAGAAAUGUUCAGAAGGAGGACCGGGUCCCGAUGCUGGAGGAGUACCGGGAGUACAAGAGGAUCAAGGCCAAACUCCGCCUCCUGGAAGUUCUCAUCAGCAAACAGGAUUCCUCCAAGUCCAUCUAGACCCCGCCCGCAACCCCUCAGAUACUCGCCAUCACGGCACACAUCAGCUCUUAUCACCGCUGCGAGGACCCGCCCAGGGUGUCCCUCAGUCUGUCAGACGCCAUCACACCUUGGAGGACUUAAUAAACACUCCAGCAUCAUCGUCACAUGACUUGACAGGGAGUCGACAUCAAGACGCUCAGUCAGACUUCAUGUCCACGACUUGGUGUGCUGCAUUUAUGUCAUGGAGGAAAGUAAAUUAGAGUGACUUGCUGGUUCAGAGUUACUUUGGGAAAUUGAACUUUAAAGUCAGUAAGUUAGGAUUUAACUGAAACACUUAAACACUGUUUGUAGUUCCAGGACUUCACCAGUGCAGGACAACUUUCAGUGAUGUUUUGAGGGACUCAACCUUAUUAUAACUACAGAAACCAAAGCAAAGGUUUGGUUCUUGGAGUAUUCAACUAGCACUGACUGGUCAAGAGCUAUGUGUACAGAAUCCAUUCAGACUGCAACCAAACACUGGUUGUUGCUAGUAUCAGUAAUCAGAUUAGGGAUGGGAAUUUUAUUUUGACCAGUAAAAAAAAUAGUUAAGUAAUAAGUAAGCAGUAAAUUAAAAAGAACAACAUGGUGACUGUUGUCUCAUGGCAUACAACAACUCAAAUGGGUUUUAAUACUUUAAUCUUUUGGCGAACAAGUUCAUGACACUUUGGUCCUGGGACUAUUGAAUCCCCAUUAGUGAGCGAUAUGCAUUGAAGUGUCGAAAAAUACACAUUUUAAGUGCAAAAAGGGCAAAUUUUAAGCAUUUUGUUCACAAAAUCACUUAAAAUCAUUACAUUUGUUUGAUAAAUACAUGAUUAUCUAUAUGUAACUACAGAUAUUUUCCUUGCCUGUGAUUUCAGAUUUCAGUAAUGUGGACAUUACAGUCUCUGAGGUUAAUUAACCGCUUUAAAGGGUCACGUACAUUUUUACAGCCAUUUACAUGUUUCAUGAAUGCAGCACCACCACAAUAUAAACUUAAAAUCACUCCUGUCAGCCACAACUGAUCUCUGCUGCCUCGUCUGACUGCGAAUUGUUUCAAAACAAGGAGAAAAAGGAAUCAUCUUCACUGUCUGUCUUCAUCAUCGUCCCACCAAUGUUGACUCGAGACUUUGCACUUGUCUUCUUAUUUCUUCGACUUGUGAGAAAAAAAAAAACCAACUUUCUGACUUUUUAAUUUCAAGAACUUUUCUUGUGUUGACUUUUGUUUCUUCAUGUUGAUUUUUCCUUCAGCAGCUUGAGGCAUUUUAGACUCUUCACUCAAGACACCUGUUCUUUCUUUAGGACGUCGCACUGUGUGAAAAGUCCCUCUUUUCGUCUCGCUCCGGGGGGCCGCGGUUUCUCUAAGCAGCCUCUUUGGUGCGAGGUGAUUGGUUAUUUUAUUCUGUCAGUAAAACUUUAUUUAACGUCCUGAAUGCUUCACCUUCUGACUGAUUUUAAAAUUCAUUCACAGGUUUAAAAACAAGUUUGUUCGUGUAUUCUUGUUAAAAAAAGAAGUGUAGACAUACAUGUUUGUGAGACACUGCUGUUCAUGUUUAUCUUGAAUGAAAAAGAGUACGUGUUGUAUUCCAAGAGAAAAUGGAAAAAAAAAAAAAAAAAGUAUUAACUCCCAGUGUGAGCUUGGAGAAAUGCCUGUUUCUGAUUUUGCUUUUCAUUUAUUUCUGUUCCUCAGCAUUUCCUUUAAGUUUUUUGGCAAUAUUUGUCAGUAAGAUGUUCACUAGGUUGGCGUACGCUGGUGUUUGCAAAGUAACUUAGUUUCCCAUGAGCCUCUUGCAAAAAAGAAAAUGCUGCUUUUAAGUCCCCUAAGCUCAGACGUCUGAGUUUUGAAGUCAUAUGCUCGUGAUUUUGAUAUUUCUGACUGCACUUAAAGGCAGCAUUAGACUGAAGAUGCUCAUAGGGAACAUUUCUACUCAGAUUAAGAGAUUUUAUGAUGUUGUCUGUUGACUUUUUGUCUCUCCAUUUGUUCAGUUUGCUGCAUGGAGGCGUGUUAGUUUCUGAGGGAUUAUGGGUGAUAAAUGCUGAGGAGAGGAGCCAGUAUCUGGUCCCUGCUGCUGCUGCUGCUGCUGCUGCUGCUGCUGCUGCUUCUUCUCUGAAACCAAAAGCAUGUUGGCUACAGGCAGUGUCAGUCUGACGGUGUGUUGAAUGUCAGUGACGACGCAGUCAGCAGUUGCUGUGCAGCUGAUGCGACUGUUACUGACGUUGGUUAAAGUUUGAAUGUAGCUUUAAAGGCUGUAUUGUAUCAAUGAGGUGCCAACACUGCCAGCACUGAUUUCAAACACAGAGAAGUGACUCCGUCUGUGGUUCACUGAUAUUUUUCCCCAACUGGCGAGUCAGUGCGGAGGGUCUGAUUAGUAUGUAGCAUGAUGUCUACGAUGCUGAGAGAACACAACAACAACCCUCGAGCUGUGUUUCUCUUCGGUCUAACCUGCAGUCCCAGUGAAGUUUCAUUUCCUGCUGGCAGGUAAAAUGAGGGCAGGUGAGGAGGAGAACGUUUGAGGUGUGGUGCAUGCCAACGAGCUUGUUCUCUUUGUUUAUCUUCUUCCUCUCCGUAGAGGCCAUGUUGUCUUAUAUCAGAUAGGAGUCAAGAUGCCACAGUGUGAUGUGUGUAAGUUAUUACACCGGCUGUGUUGGCACGUGAAGUUCUAUUAUCAGAACCUCUUUGGCUCGUUACUUGUGAGAUGUUUAAGGCCGAUAAGACAAAGUAGUACUUUUUUUUUUUUUUCUUUGCUGAAUUGAUGUACAUUUAACUGCCAGAAUCAAAGCUGACCGCAGUCUUUUUGUCUGUCAGUGGACGGCAGAUGAGAUGGUUUGAAAUCAAAGUUUUGAGUGAGUCAAGAGUUGAACUUUUUGUGAGUGCUUGUGAAGAACACGAUGGAGGUGUUUGUGUUUGUCAGGACGGUAAAGUUCGGAGGUUUGAUGUAAAUAGAUGUUAUUUGCACAGCAUUCACAGAAUGCAGCCCUUUUGUGUUUUUUCAUUUGUAUUUCUAAAAAUGAAGCACUACUUCUAUACAAAUAUAAAUAUAUACUGUACAUAAAAAAAACACCCGAAGGAAUGAAUGUCGGAAAUGUUUAAAUUAUUUCAAACAUUACGUUUGGCCCCCUUUGGUUCAUUAUAUUUGUGAUGCCCUGAGAAUGUGUUUUUUUAUUAUUAUAAAUAUUGCUAUUACUAUCAUAACCAUUAUUUUGUGUGAUAAUGACAAUAAUAAUAACCCUUUUGUAUCUACUCACCAACUGUAAAACCAGCUGUAGAAGUUAGUCGGGCACUGUGUGUGACUAAUCAAACAUGAACCUGCUCUGUUCUCUGAUUUCUUUUGUCGCUCUGUGUAAUAUAAGCUAAUAUAGAAGCAGUACUGUAGUGAGCUUGCAUGGCAAAAGAGAACAUAAUAGUAUGAAUAACACGAUGUAUUGUUUCUAUUAUUUGUGCCAUGAAGAAGCAGCAAUAAUAAAAGUUUGCGUGGAGGUUUUACAGUAUCGGGUAAUGAUGGGUGGGACCGACUGUGUGUGAAUAUUUGAGGUACAUUGUUAUUUCUUUAUAUAUUUCUAUUAUAAUUGUUUUCAGACACACAUUGUCUCACACACACACACACACUGCUCAGAUGGUGUGUUUUUACCACUGUUGUCAGCUUAAUGUUCAUGUUGGCGCUGCUGAAAAACCAAAAUAAGAGUUUAAAUUAAGCAGGAUGGUGAACAGGGAUUGAAAAGCCAAUGACAGAUGUGUCAUAUCUGAAAACAUUCCAGUUUUAUCAUCAUUCAGAAAGUGGAAACAAUCCAUCGUCAGUCUCUGAGUGGCUUUGAUUUGACUUUUUCUUUUUUUUGUGAGUCUCCAACAACGGUGAACAGUUGAUUUGUUUGGCGCCUCAGUUUCUUACUUUUGUUUUUCAUUGUGCCUGCAACAGAGUGGUAAAAUUCACGUGGUUCAUACGUUGUAAACUGUAAAUGUAUUCUGUCUCUGUCAGUGUACAGUUGUUUCCUCUCACACUCACCCAUCCAACAUGCAUGGUUGUUUCACACGCCUGGAGUUCGCAGCAGAAGUCGCUGUCGAAGAUGUCUCAUAGGUCAGAGCUCCUCCUGGAAAUCUUGAAAGAAAAUGACCAGUUUUUUGGUCAAAAUGGCAACAGAUGAGAUAAAAGAUAUUUUACAAGUCUGUAAAUGGAUUUUUGAGUAAAGACAGUCUUUAAAUCUUUAAAAUUUAAAGGACAAACGGUCAUGUUGCUUACAGGUGUGAUUAAGAAAGUUAGAAAUCAGAUACUUCCUGACAUCUUUGAUACUGGAUUUUGCUGUUAAUUCCUCUGACCAGCGAGGUUCUUGCUUACUCUAGGUCACCUACAUGUGAAACUGUGUUUUAUCACAUCAAUAUAUUGUAUGUACGUAUGUAUCUAUAAAUGUUUUCUUACUUUGUGAAUGCUUUUUUUUCUGUUGUUUCUUCAUUAACAAAAAAGAUGAGAAAAUACAAUCAGUAACAAGCAUUUACACAUGAAAAUAAAAUUUACAAGCUUGCCACA